CCCUCAGAAGCAGCAGAAAACGGAGAAGAAGUUUCCCGAGAGCAUAGAAAAGCCUGAAGAAGUUUCCCGAGAGCAUAGAACAGCCGCCUCCCAGUAUUCAGUCUGGUUACGUAAGCCGCCGUUUUUCCAAGAGCUUUCCCUAUUUAAUCUCAACUUCUGUGGAAAACCCAAAUCAUUAUCUGCAACUUCUGUGCAAUACCCAAAUCAUUAUCUGCAAGCCCAGAGUGUAUACUCAUAAUUUGUUGCUCUUACGGAGUCAGCAGAGUUUGGGUUAAAAUGGCGUUUGGACUAGUAAAAUCAUUUGCUUUCUUUCUAAUGCUGCUAAAUUUCUGUAUGUAUGUCAUUGUGGCCUCUAUUGCAGGUUGGGCUCUGAAUAAGGCCAUCGAUCAUGACUAUGUCACUGCUCCAGGAGGUGUGCCUGCUGGGUACACAUUUAAGCCAUUGGAUUUCUCAAUAGGAAAUGAGGCCACUGGUUUUCUGGUGAUUUUUGCUCUGUUAGCUGGUGUUGUGGGAGCUGGGUCCUGUCUUUCAGGGCUUCAUCAUCUGAGGGUAUGGACUGCAGAGAGCUUGGCUUCCAGUGCUUCAGCAGCCAUGACAGCUUGGGCUAUCACUCUUAUUGCCAUGGGGUUGGCAUGCAAGGAGAUUCAUAUUCAUGGCAGAAGCCCAAAGCUGAUAACCUUGGAAUCUUUUCUCAUUAUUCUAUCUGGAACAAAAUUGUUGUAUAUCAUGCUCAUCCAUGCUGGAUUCUUUGGUGGAAAAUAUUACACUUACAGAGACACCUAUACCACCACCACUACAGCUGAACCUCAGAAAGGAAGAGGAGCUGCAUCAUCAGAAGUAUAAUUAAAGCCCAAAAGGAAAAAAAUAAAAACAUCUGCAAUGUAUAGAAUGUUUUUUUAUAGUUUUGCAUCAAUGCCUUUGCAGUCAUUUAUGACUAAUAAGUUGUACAGAUAUUGUGUAUCUAGCGUUUGCUCUUCUGUAGAAGCAUAAUAUUUAAGAGUUUGGUAAAAGCUCUGGAAGCUUUUGUUUGGCCUUACCUAAUGUAAGGUAGUUACAAGUAGUAUUCAUUGUCAUAAUCAGCACUGUUCUUGCGUUUGUAUUGUAAUGUGAGAUAUUUCUAUUAUAAUAAAAGAAAUGAAUUACUGUA